GCGCAGCGGAACUCACCAAGGAUCAGUGCAAUAAAAUGGUGGAAAUCUUCGAGGAUGUCAGCUCGCCGGAGGUUAAUAACCUGAAUUCAAGCCAACCGUUAAUCUGCUGGUACCGCCUCCGUACGCUGAAAGGUGCUCCGCGGGACUUUGAGUUGCGGAUGCGUUUUAAAAAUUUAAAGUUGUUGCUGAAUGCAACACAUUGCGAGGACGUCUAUUUACAGAUUGCGGUUGGCAAUGCGAAGAUGGAUGUCUCUAAUCAUCGUGAGUCCGGCAUAUUUUGUAGGGAGGCCGAGCAGCCGCAAACUUUCAUCAGUGAGAGCAACUAUGUCAAAAGUACUCUUCACCAUGGAUAAAUUUACCGAUCAUGUAUGUGUAUAAGGAAAUGGAAAUAUGUUAUCAAUUAAUUUCUGCAACAGCAAAAUAGUUUAUAAAAAAUUCGGUAUA